AUCUUUUCAUCAACAAAGUGCGCAAUUAAUUCAAUAGAGGAAAGAUAUAAAAGGUCAUCAGAUAGAGGCAAAACCUGAAGGGUCUUCUUCAAUGGAGCUUCUAGUAGAGCCUAUCACGGAACUAGUAAAAUGUUUGGGGAGGUCAGCCUGCACCUAUCUAGAUUAUCACUUAAAUUUUGAUGAAGCUGUGAGUGAUCUAGGAAGAGAAUUGGAAGCUCUAAACAGGAGAAAAGAGGAUAUAAAGUUAAGCAUACAGUCCCAUGCUAGUUUGGGAAAAGAAGUAAAACAUGAAGUGCGAGGUUGGCUUGAACGUGUAGAAGAAAUCAAUAAUGAAGUGUCAGCCAUUCAAGAAAAGAUUCAGAGAGUUAAGUGGUACUCAAAGGGCCAUCUAGGGAAACUUGUUCGGAAGAAAAUUGAGGUGGUGAAGAGAAUCUAUGAACGAGGUAGUUUUCCUGAUGGUCUCACAGUUGACAAACCUCCACGAGGAAUCAUAUUGCCAACUGAGAAUGUAGUGGGUGAAGAUUCUGCAAAAGAAAAAAUUUGGGGAUACUUGACGGGCAAUGAGGUAAGAAAGAUUGGGGUUUGCGGGAUUGGUGGGGUUGGGAAGACUACCAUCAUGAAGCAUAUUAAUAAUGAAUUGUUAAGAGUGACCAAUUUUGAUAGGGUGAUUUGGAUCACUGUGUCCUACCCACUCAAUGUUAUCAAAUUACAAGAAAAUAUUGUUCGUGCUAUGGAUGAUAAAUUGAGACUCCCAGAAGGUGAGGAUAAAGUGAGGCGGGCAGCUACUUUGAUGAGCAUUAUGGAAGGAGUAGGAAGAUACGUGCUUAUCCUAGAUGAUGUCUGGGAAGUGUUUUCUCUUAUUGAAGUGGGAAUUCUAGAACCAACAAUUCAAAAUGGAAGCAAAAUAGUCAUCACUAGUAGAUCCGUUGAUGUGUGCCAAAAAAUGGGCUGUGAGAUAGUCAAAGUGGAGCCUCUUUCAUUUCAGGAGUCUUUUAACUUAUUCUUAGAUAAAGUAGGGCGUCAGGUUCUACAAGUACCAAACUUAGAAGGAAUCUUGAAGCUCAUCGUGGAGGAGUGUGGUGGCUUACCGCUGGCCAUUGUUGUGAUAGCAGAGAGUAUGAAGGGAGAAGAUGAUGUUAAAGUGUGGAAUAAUGCCUUGACUGAACUACGGGAACGGGUAAAGAGUGUGACUGGUUCAGAUCAAAAGAUAUUUAAGAGGUUAAGGUUUAGUUAUGAUCGUUUGGAUAAUUCUGAAAUCCAAAGCUGUUUUCUUUAUUGCUCCUUGUUUCCUGAAGAUUAUCCAUUUGAGAGAGAAGAAUUGGUAGAAGGGUGGAUUGAUGAAGGACUAAUUGAUGUGUUGCCUAAUAGAAAAGCAGCUUAUGAGAGAGGCCAAGCUUUUUUAAAUAGGCUAGUAAAGAAUUGCUUGUUAGAGAAAACUGUUGAUCGGCGUGGUGAUGUUUUCAAGUUGCAUGAUGUACUGAGAGACAUGGCUGUCAAAAGCAUUGGUCCUGAAUUUGGAUAUAUGGUAAAAGCUGGUAUGAAAUUGACAGAGGUGCCAGAUGAGCGUGGGUGGGGAAAUGAUCUUAAGAAGGUGUCUCUAAUGGAGAAUAACAUACCAAAAAUUUCCCUUGGGUUGUGCCCAAAGUGUCCAACUCUUUCAACUUUGAUAUUGUCAAAUAAUCCUAAUUUGUCAGAGAUCCCAGAAUCAUUCUUUGAAGGUAUGCCUGAACUGAAGGUUCUUGAUCUUUCUGAAACUGGUAUUGAAGCUUUACCUAAUUCCAUCUCAAACUUGGAGAAGCUCUCUUCCAUGAGGUUAAGGUGGUGUCAGAGGUUAAGGUAUUUGCCUCAUUUAGCAAAGCUUACAGUAUUAAAGAAGUUGGAUCUGUUUAGAUCCAGGAUUGAGGUGGUCCCUCAAGGCUUGGAGAAAUUGAUUAGUCUGGAAAAUCUUGAUUUAAGGUAUUGUUACAAUCUAAAAGAGAUUCCAAUGGGAAUGUUAUCAAACCUUUACAAUCUCCAAUACUUGAUAUUAGGUUUUGAAAAUUUGAAGAUAAAAGGAGAAGAGGUUGCGAGAUUAAGUAAGUUGGAGACCUUUCAAGGUGCAUUCGAUGACAUACAAGGCUACAAUUAUUUUGUCAAGUCUCAGGAUUUCCAAAUUCUUACUAAUUGCGAUAUUUUAGUAGGAGAACAACCACGAUACUAUGGUAGGUUGACUGGCCAAAAGAAAUCUGUUGUUAGUAUUAAUAAUUGCGACUUAGGAGAAGAAAGUAUAGUGCUUCCAAAUAACCUUAAGAGGUUGAUGAUCUGGGAGUGUAAAAACAUGAGAAGUAGCUUAAAUAAAGCAGCUUUGUUAGAAAAGGCAACCGAGUUGAGUUUUUGUGGUAUUUGGCGUUGUGAAGAUAUGGAGUGUGUGGUUGACUUGGACUCACCCUCUUGUCCAGUACUGGAUAAGCUUGAAGAGCUGUCUCUUUGGAGUUUGCCUAAGUUGAGUGUACUUGUGAGAGUGGAAGGAGUAGCAGCACCACCGCACGCCUUUUCCAAUCUUAAAAUACUUCGUAUUGGGUAUUGUUCAAGAAUGAAGAAGUUGCUUCCACUUGAGCUGCUGCAGGCCUUCCAAAACUUAGAGUACAUUAUUGUUAAUGGGUGCAAACAAAUGGAGGAGAUAAUAGCAUCAUCAGAUUCAGAUGCAUCACCGGAUAAAUUCACUUUUCCCAAGUUAAGGAGAUUAUGGUUGAGUAAUUUACCCCAACUGAAGAGCAUCUGCAGUGCCAAAGGAGUUAUGCUUUGUGAUUCUAUUGAAGAAAUUAAAAUAUUGGAAUGUCGGGAGUUAAAGAGGAUCCCAGUGCAGCUUCCCCUGCUUGAUAAUGGCCAACCAUCUCCUCCUCCUCAUAUCAGAGAAAUCAGGACCGAUGAAGCGUGGAAGAGUCCCAAGCUUCUGUCUCCGAUGAACUCCAAGUGCUUGGAUUUUUUGCACAGGAUUUGGUGUCAUAAACUCCAGGUUCAUUUUACUGGGAGAUGCAGGUUCAUUACUAGAUAUAUGGAUGCUUCUAUUUGUGCUGAUGAUGGUGAAGCAGUUGAAGAAAGGGGCAUUAAUGAUGAUGCUCAUGGUGUUAAUUUUAAGAUAGCUUCCAACGGUGAAGGGCACCAGGAAAAGGAGUGUGCAAGAGAAGUUAAACCAAAAUCCAUGCUUUGUACCUUUUAGAGAGUACCACUUUGCAUUAUAUAACUGGUCUUCCAGGUGCAUGGAUCUUUCAAGUUUAAUCAUUUUACCAUCUCAUUCUGCUUAUCAUUGAUUCAAUUUGUUAUUAUCAUUGAUUUUCGGUUAUUUACCACAUUCUAUUGUGCACCAGAUGCUGGAGAUUUUUGAGAAUUUGGUACUUGGUUCUACCUCUAUCUUAGAGUAGCAAAAUCCUUGCAAGCAGUUUUGCAUUGGAGUUUCCCACCUUCAUCCCCAGUUUCUGUGGUUAUGAUGAUGGAACUCCUGUAAACAUUACAGCUGCUCAACCAAAAGCUAUAGGAAUCUCAGGACCUUCCAAGAAUAAUUACACUUGAAGCAAUGUGCUUUCACCAUUCAACAAGCUAGAGUCGGCUCAAUCAAGCUCAAAGCCAUCGUCCGUUCAAGGAUGGUAGGCAACCAUGGAGGAGGCUGAGUAAUGAAUUAAAUCUUUUGUG